AUGAGUGACGAAGAACUUAUUCAGUGUCCGAAUAAUCCCAAUCACCAGGUUCCUAGAUCUCAAAUAAACGAGCAUAUAAAUACAUGUAAAUUAUUAAUGGAUCCUAAUCAAGAAAUGCAAAUUAGAACUUCAUCVGAUGACGAACCAAGACCCUCAACAUCUUACCAAGAGUUGCCUCAGGAGAGGAGUUCACUUCAGGAGGGGAGUUUACUUCAGGAGGGGAGCUCACAACAGGAGGAGAGUCAAAUAGCAGAACUUCCAAAUUUACAGGACAGUAGUUCUGAUGAGGAUUCUUCAUCAAGCAGUGGGUCGACAUUAUCACUUAUAGACCCUAUGCCAGAUAAAAAGAAAAAAAUUCUAUAUGAUAUGGGUAUAGAAUUUCUAGAAAAACUGAGAUCUACUUCACAACAAACAGGUAGUUCACAACAAACAGGUAGUUCACAACAAGAAUCUAGUUCACCAAAGCCAAAAAUGACAGAAGAAGAGAUAGAUAAACAAACAGAUGUUAAAAGAUGGGUGAUUCAAUCGUCACGUUUUAUGUCAGAAGUUACUACUCCAUUAGAAGUUAAAUUGGAAGAGCCUCCUUCAACUGGAGAUGUUCUACAAGAACAAUCGCAAUCAUUUAGUGUAGGCACUGAAACAACACAGGAUUCGGAUCUUUCACAAACGUCAAAAGUGACAGAGGAAAAGAUACCAGAAAAAAUGGAAGAAAAAAAUAAGGCUCAAGUGUCACCUACUUUAUCAGAAAGGAUUACUCAAAUAGAAAUUAAAUUGGAAAAACUUUCUCUGGCUGCAGAUGAUUCAAAAAAACAAAUACAAUCAGUUAGUUCUCCUACUGAGACAAAAGAAGAUUCAGAUCGUUCACAAAAGCCAAAAAAGACAGAGGAACAGAUACUUGAAAAAAUGGAUACAGAAGAAAAAAAUAAGGCUCAAGUGUCACUUACUUUUUCAAAAAUGAUCACUCAAUUAGAAAUUGAAUUGGGAGAAUUUUCUCUAAAUGCAGAUGUUCCACAACAACAAAUACAACCAGUAAGUUCUCCUACUGAGAAAAAACAAGAUUCGGAUCGUUCACUACAGCCAAAGACGACAAAGGAAAAGAAAACUGAUGGCAUAGAUACUGAAGCAAAAAUUGAGACUGAAGAGUCACAUACUUUAUCAGAAGUGAUUACUCAAUUAGAAGUUGAAUUGGUAGAACCUUCUCUUGCUGCAGAUGUUCCACAACAACAAAUACAAUCAGUUAGUUCUCUUACUGAGACAAAAAAAGAUUCGGAUCGUUUACAACAGCCAAAGAAGACAACGGAAAGGAAAAAUGAAGAAAUGUAUACUGAAGCAAAAAUGGAGACUGAAGAGUCACAUACUUUAUCAGAAGUGACUACUCAAUUAGAAGUUGAAUUGGAAGAACCUUCUUUAGCUGCAGAUGCUCCACUACAACAAUCACAACUAUUUAGUUUUCAUGCUGCAACAACACAUGUUUCGGAUGAUUCACAACAGCCAAAUAUUAUAAGUAAAAAGAAACAUGAAGAAAUGUAUACUGAAGCAGAAAUGGAGACUGAAGAGUCACAUACUUUAUCGGAAGUGACUACUCAACUAGAAGUUGAAUCGGAAGAAUCUUCUUUGUUUGAAGUGGUUCCACAACAACAAUCACAAUCUUUUAGUUUCCCUGCUGCAACAACACAUGAUUCGGAUGAUUCACAACAGCCAAAAAUUAUAAUAGAAGUUGAAGUGGAAGAAUCUUCUUUGUUAGAAGUGGUUCCACAACAACAAUCACAACCUUUUAGUUUCCCUGCUGCAACAACACAUGAUUCGUAUGAGUCACACCAGCCAGAAAUUAUAAGUAAAAAGCAACAUGAAGAAAUGGAUAAUGAAAAAAAAAAGGAGACUGAAGAGUCACAUACUUUAUCACAAGUCAUUAUUCAAGUUGAAGUUGAAUCGCAAAAAGAAGAAACGACGGACGCUGCAGUGUCACAUAUUUUUGCAGAUGAGACAAAUUCACGACUGAUUGAAACAGAAGAACCUUCCUUGUCUAGAGAUGCUUCAGAAAUAAUAGUAGCAGAACCUAGUGAAACCUUUUAUGAUGAGUCACCACCAGCAGAUAUUUCACAACAAGAAUGUAGUUUGCUACAAGAUGGUAGUCCACCACCAGAAGCAUGGUGGUCGGAAGAAAUAUCAGAUGUUUGGAAAUUUCGGCAUUCAGUAGUAAAUGAGUCGCCAGAACCUAUUGUAUCUCUGUAUGAAGAAGACGAAGAUUUACCACCACUUAUUCAUCGUCAAUGGUCAACUCCUGAAACAGAUGAUUCACGAGGGAGAGAUUGGUUAACGAUAAGAUCAUACAGAAGCUCACGUGAAAGCACGGAUAUUGAUAGUUUACAAAAAGAAAGGAAGUCACCAGAAGCAGAUAUAUCAUCAGAAUCAGAUAAUGAAGAUAAAGAUGAAAAGAUUGAUUUGGAAAAACCUUCUCCCUCUUCUCCAAAAAAACGAUCAAAACCAGUUGGUUCUCGUGGUAAGACAAAACAUCAAUUAGAAGUUCCACAAGAAGCAAGUGGACUAAAGAAAAGGUCACAUGAAACCUCAAGUGAAAGCACGGAUAUCGAUAGAGGUGAUUUACAAAAAGCAGUUAGAUCUCCUAAAUCAGAUAUUUCACCAAAAGCAGAUAGUUCUCAAAGGAAAAAAAAAUUUCUAGAAAUAAGAAGACGUUUUGAAACUGCUUCAACAAAAGAUGAAGAUAAUGAUAAAAAGAUUGAUUCGGGAGAACCUUCUACGUCUUCUUUAAAAAAACAAUCAAAACCAGUUGUUUCUCGUGGUAAGACAAAACAUCAAUUAGAUGUUCCACAAGAAGCAAGUAGACAGAGAAAAAGGUCACAUGAAACCUCAAGUGAAAGCACAGAUAUCGAUUCAGGUGAUUUACCAAAAUCAGGUAGAUCACCAAAGUCAGCUAUUUCACCAGAAGCAGAUAGUUCUCAAAGGAAAAAGAAAUUUCUCGAAAUAAGAAGACGUUUUGAAACUGCUUCAACAAAAGAUAAAGAUACAGAUGAAAAGAUUGAUUUGGAAAAACCUUCUACCUCUUCUUCAACAAAACAAUCAAAACCAGUUGUUUCUCCUGGUAAGACAAAACAUCAAUUGGAUGUUCCACAAGAAGCAAGUAGACUAAGGAAAAGGUCAUAUGAAACCUCAAGUGAAGACACGGAUAUCGAUGUAGAUGAUAUACCAAUAGCAGUUAGCCCACCAAAAUCAGAUACUUCAUCAAAAGGAGAUGGAGAUUUAAAUGUCUUCUAUGUUAAUUAUACACUUAAAUCGUUAAUGUUUUAUAGGGAUAACACUCAUGCCGUCACUGUAUAUGGUGUACGCAGCAGUCCUGGCGGGCAGGAUUGA